AACCAACAUAUGCAUAAUAAUAAUUUGCAGAGAGCCCCAUCUCCUCCCCUGCAAUGGAAGUCCUUAGUGCGUGAAAUCAGCCAAACACCAAAAAACAAAUUUCACGUCCUGCUUUGGAUCUCCAUUUUCGUUUCUUUUUUUCCAUCAAAAACAACGAAAAAAAAACCCAAUUUAAUCUUAACGAUGUACCCAAAAAACAACAUAUUUUCAUUCAUAUAGAUAGUCCUUUAAUUCAAUUUGAUUGUUUUAAAAAAAAAAACAAAUAACGAAAGAACAAAACAAUCCCCAGCAAUGUGGAUCAAGAGCUUGAGAUUAAUAUCUCUACUUAUCGGAUUGUUGAAUUUGCUGGUGGUUGUUUUGGGUGGAAUCGUGGUUGCCAUUUCAUUCCCUGGAUGUAGACCCCAUAAAGUUUUGCCGGUCAUCGUUGUCUCGUUUUUUUCCGCCGUUAGAAUCGGGACUAUGAUUGGACUGGGAAUUGCCCAAGAAGCUACUGCUAAGAUUAUAACCCAGAACUCUUCUGAAACUCAAGUACUCGAUGCUGUUAUUCGUCAGCAUAGAAGGGUAACAUAUAAAGCAUGGCUUUGGUGGAGCCGGUUUGCCAUGGUGGUUACUGUGCUACAAAUUCUGGGUGCUUUUUAUCUUAUAGUUAAUGUGGCUACAUAUGUCUCUGAAGACGCACAUUUUUCAACUAAGUGUUUUGUAGGAGGGUUUCCACUCAGUCGUGCAUGGAAGCGAAAAGUAAUGCUUUCAUUUCUGGUCACGGCUUGUUGUAUUGCAUUUCUACAAUGUUGUGCCGGAUCUGAUGUCUUAAGAUGGAGGUUUUAUUAUGCAUCCCAAGAUGAUGCAUGGAAAGCUCAUUAUCAAGAGAUAUUUGAUCAUGGAAUUCGUGAAGCUUUGUGCUGUAUGGGACGUAUUGAAUACUUAACUGUGAUUGAAGACGAUGAAGUAUAUUCAGUAGCAAAACUAUUGGGUGAUCUUGUUGCUUACCGUGCAUCAGGGACUGGUCAUUUAGAACUUUUGACAGGUCUAGCAUUGUUGCAGAAGCAUGGUCAAGCCAGUAAAUCCAGUGAACAUUUUAUCGAGGCACCUGUAGAACACCUGCAAGCAGCUUUAGCUUUUCAUAAGUUUGCUGAGGCUGCAUACACGGGACCUUUGCUUGAUUUUGGAAGAAAUCCUUUUGUAUUUCCUUGUGUAUGGCUCCAUAGGCAAGGGGUUUUAACCCCGUGGACUCGUAAAAGGCGUCCUACCCUUGAUGGUGAUAACUGGUUGCGAGGUCAUGCAGCAGCAUUUAUAAAUUUUCUCAAUUUACCCUCUGAAGUACUUCGGAGAGGUCGUGUUCGUCAAAAAAAAUGUGAAGCUGCAUAUUUCAUUGUGGUUUUACAUGAGCUAAGAACUGUAGUGAUUGCCGUACGAGGAACUGAGACUCCUGAAGACCUCAUAAUUGAUGGUUUAGGCCGGGAACGUUCCCUGACUGAGGUGGAUUUGGAUGGACUGAUAAAUAGCAGUUUUAUUCAUCCUUCUGUCAAGAAACGAGUAAAAUCAUCUUUCCCGCACUUUGGGCACUCAGGUAUAGUAGAAACUGCUCGGGAUCUUUACACACAGAUUGAAGGGUAUCCGGGAGAUGAAUCUCAGUCUGGUGGCUUUGUUUCUUCAUUGCUUGGAGUGGGAUGUGAAUGUGAAGGUUAUAAUUUACGCGUAGUCGGGCAUUCCUUGGGAGGUUCGAUUGCUGCAUUGCUAGGAAUAAGACUAUAUGGGAAAUUCCCGAAUUUACAUGUUUAUUCCUAUGGACCUCUUCCAUGUGUGGAUUUGGUUGUGGCUGAUGCAUGUUCCGAUUUUAUAACAAGCAUUAUACACGACAAUGAAUUUUCUACCCGCCUUUCAGUUGGAUCGAUCCUCCGGCUUCGUGCAUCUGCAAUAACUGCAUUAUCAGAAAAUACCCAAGCUGAUACAACAUUGAUUCUGAGACUUGCACGUCAAUUUCUUUAUGCAAGCAAAAAUAACAGUAUAGAGCUUGAGCCAGAACCGGCCAAAUCUUCUACCAAAUCUUCUACCAGAUCAAGCAAAGAAAGUGAGGACAAAGAGCAAGAAUCGUGCCUCUAUGACGGGAACGACGGAAGACAAAACCAUGUCGAUAUCGAGAAUACUGAUCUAGUUAAUCCUUUUGCUUCUGUUCUGAACCAAUCAGAUGAUCCGAUAUCUCAGUUUAUGCAAACUGUCUCGAGAUCUGAAAACAGUUCAGCCACUGAUCCUACCGAGAUGUAUUUACCAGGUCUCCUAAUUCAUAUAGUACCUCAAUCACAAAACCUAAACAUCCCUCUCUGGAAAAGCUGGCGAAUCCGCGAUGACCAUCAGAAAUACAAAGCCUUCUUCGCAAACCGAAAUGAUUUAAAAGAUAUCAUCGUUUCUCCCAAUAUGUUCUUCGAUCAUCUUCCUUGGAGAUGUAACAAAGCAAUGCAAAAGGUUGUGGAAGCCGGGAACACCGCAGGUAGCCCAGGUGUUUCUCACAUCGUGUGACAGACAUCUUUUGAUGCCAACUUGGGAAUUUGACUACAUUGCUGGAAUCCUGCAACUCGAUGCUAUGUACCCGGAAAAGCCUUCUCGUGCUUAUCCGGAGUUGUGGUAUUCGUAUUUUCACCCCUUAAUUACCUUCACAAGAAUGUUCAUUUACAUACUAAGUUGGCAAAAAGACUUCCACCCUAUACUUCAAUUGUUAAGAGGAUGAUGGGCAUCUGUUGUAUAAUGUUUUAUAAAGAAAUUUACAAAUCUUUGGUGUAAAAGCCACAAAUUUAAAUGAAUUAACUUAUUUUCAUGUAUUAUUAAGCCCAUUAUUCAUCUUUAUUUUCGUGUGUUAAAUCGAAACUGUAACCGGUUUAGACCGAGACUGUUUUAACCGAACCAACUUAAUUGAAUUUGUAUAGGUUUCAUUGAUC